AUGGAGUUUGGUGAUGGAGCAGCAUCAUUUUGUGAUGAUGAAGGUUUGUCAGGUAGGAGUGGUACGCCCAAUGAUUGUGUUAUGAAUCUCUCCCUUAGAGGGACAAAAUAUUGGAUUCCGAGUUGUGAUAAAGAUAGCCAGCCUUAUGUUGGUCAGCGGUUUAGCAAGUUGGAUGAUGGUGUGGACUUCUAUGUCCAGUAUGCUUGUACGGUUGGGUUUGAUGUUCGUCGUAGCACUGAAACAAAGGAUAGGAUAGGUAAUGUGUUGAGGAAGUAUUUGGUGUGUUCCCGUGAAGGUUUCAAGCAGCCUGCUAAGGAUGUUUGUCCAGUAGGUGAGGGGGUCGGUGACAGUUCCAUAUCACCGAAGAGACGUCGGGUUACGAAUAGCGUUGGUUGUAAUGCCAAGAUCAUUUUGAAGCAUAUGGUUGAUGGGCGGCAUUCUGUGUUUUCUUUUGAGAUAAGGCACACACAUUCUUUGUGCUCAGAGUUGGCUAAGCCUUUCAUGAGGGUUAAUCGUAAGUUGUCUGUGGGCCAUCAAACCUUUGUUGCUAAUUGUGCAAGAGCGAAUAUAGGUCCGGUUAAGUCAUUCAAGCUUUAUAAGCAGAUGGUGGGGGAUUUUGUUGAUGUCGGGGCCAUUGGUGUAGACUUCCAGAAUUUUAAGCGGGAUUUAAUGGCGUAUAUUAGUGGGGGGGAUGCACAGUUGAUUGUUGAAAAGUUCCUUCAUAAGAAGGAGUUGUGGUCUACAUUUUGCUUUGACUAUGAUGUGGAUGAGUACGAUCAGCUCUCGCGUGUGUUUUGGGAUGACCCUACUGCGCGGCGAAAUUUUGCGUGCUUUGGUGAUGUUGUGUUCUUUGAUGCUACGUAUAAGACUAACAGGUAUAAUCUCGUGUUCGUUCCAUUUACUGGUAUGGAUAAUCACAAGAAAUCAGUGACGUUUGCAGCUGGGUUGAUUGCGAAGGAGGAUGUUGACUCAUAUGUCUGGUUGCUUGAUAAUUUCAAGCGAGCUAUGGGGCACGAGCCAACAUACGUUGUCACCGAUCAAGACGCAUCUUUAAGGGUAGCGGUGCCAAGUGUUUUCAAGUCAGCACGACAUCGAUUUUGUAUGUGGCAUAUUAUGACGAAGGUGGGUGACAAGGUUCGGGCGGUGCUUGCCAAUGAUCAACCUUUUCGUCGGGAUCUCAACGCUAUUGUGUGGGAUGAGUGUAUAACGAUAGAGCAGUUUGAGUCUAAAUGGCUUCAAAUUAUGGAGGAUCAUGGUCAGUUUGAGUCUAAAUGGCUUCAAAUUAUGGAGGAUCAUGGUCUUGUUGAGCAUAGGUGGCUUCAGUUGAUGUUUGAGUUGCGUGCAUUUUGGAUACCUUGGCUUCAGUUGAUGUUUGAGUUGCGUGCAUUUUGGAUACCUGCUUUCUUCCGGGAUUUACCUAUGAGUGGUUUGGUGCGGACUACAUCUCGUUCCGAAUCCCAUAAUAGUUCAUUUGGGGGCUGCACUAAUUGCCAUGCAAGCUUAGUGGAGUUUUUCAUUCACUUUGAAGGUGCGAUCGAUAGUCAAAGGCAUAAGCAAGCUAAACUCGAUGCUUCAUGUGAGGGAUAUUUGCCCGUGGUAAAGACGCCUUUGGCUAUUAAGCGUUAUGCUGCUGCCGUUUAUACCAUUACUGUUUUCUAUGAUGUGCAGGCAGAGAUUGUUGCUGACUGCUUUGAGUGUCGAGUCUUGUCUGCUGCGGUGGAUGGUGAUGUAAAACGCGUUGAAGUAAAGGGUGGAAAUGGUGUUGUUUGUGUUGUUUUGUUUCAUAUGGUUGAAACUACAGCUUCUUGUUCGUGUCGUAUGUUUGAGCGUGUUGGGUUGCUUUGUAGGCAUAUUUUUCUUGUUUUCAAGGAUGCUCGUGUGGAAUCCAUUCUGGCGUCCUAUGUUGUCUCUUGGUGGACACGUGAUGCCUAUAAGCGUCCGAUUUAUGAUAUAGAUGGCGUGCACGAUGCACCUUCUUUGGCUGGGAAGUCUAGCAAUGGUGCCAUGAAGGAGGUUUGGAAUGAUUUUUAUAGUUGCGUUGGACUUGCUGGUGGUAACUCUGAUCGUGUAUCGGAGUUGUCUCGUAUUUUGAAGGACUUGAAAAUGUCAUUUGUCGAUGCGGAUAGUACAAUGGCGAAGUCAGUGGGUAAGUCAGGUGUAAUUCGUUCCUUUGGUGAUGUUCUGACGUCUUCAGAGGUUGUUGUCCACCCUCCUACUGUUGCUAAGAAUAAGGGGUCUGGGUAG